CAGUGAGACACGUAAUCUUUAUCCAAAAAAAUAUAAUAAUAAUUUUCAUAUAAUUAUGAAUUCAAUGUAGCUAUAAAUACAGAGUCAUCAUCCUCAGUGCUUGUUUCUGCUCUUCUUAUCAAAACCCUUUUUUUCUUAAUCAAAUCUGGUUCAGUUCGCAUAAUAGUAACGCAUAAAAGUAUGGCUGGGAGGAUUUUAUUACUAGUUCUUUUUAUGAAUGCUGCCUUUUUAAUAGUGAAUGCUGUACCAGAAACAUGCCCUGCUGAUCUCGGUGGAAAAUGUGGUGAAGAUGGUGAAUGGGAAGGGGAAUUUUUCCCUGGAGUUCCUAAAAUUAAGUAUGAGGGUCCUUCUAGCAAGAAUCCACUUUCAUACAAAUGGUACAAUGCAGAAGAAGUGAUUCUUGGGAAGAAAAUGAAGGACUGGUUGAGAUUUAGUGUUGCAUUUUGGCAUACAUUUCGUGGAACAGGUGCCGAUCCUUUUGGUGCACCCACAAAGGCUUGGCCAUGGGAAGAUGGUACCAAUUCCAUUGCUAUGGCCAAAAGAAGAAUGAGAGCCAACUUCGAAUUCCUAAACAAGCUUGGAGUUGAUAGGUGGUGUUUCCAUGACAGGGACAUUGCUCCUGAUGGCAAAACACUAAAGGAAACUAAUUCAAACUUGGAUGAAGUUGUGGCACUUGCUAAAGAGCUUCAGGGGGACAAGAUCCGUCCACUGUGGGGUACUGCUCAACUAUUUAUGCAUCCUCGUUACAUGCAUGGUGCUGCUACAAGCUCUGAGUUGGGUGUUUAUGCCUAUGCUGCUGCUCAAGUUAAGAAAGCUAUGGAGGUGACACAUUAUCUCGGGGGAGAAAAUUAUGUAUUUUGGGGUGGUCGUGAGGGAUACCAAACACUCUUGAACACAGACAUGGAAAGAGAGCUUGAUCAUAUGGCAAAAUUUCUUGAAGCUGCUGCUGCCUACAAGAAGAAGAUUGGAUUCAAUGGAACUCUACUGAUUGAACCUAAGCCUCAAGAACCUACCAAACAUCAGUAUGACUGGGAUGCUGCAACAACACUUAACUUCUUGCAUAAAUAUGGGCUGCUUGGAGAAUUCAAACUUAACAUUGAGUGUAACCAUGCGACACUCUCUGGUCACAGCUGCCAUCAUGAUCUUGAGACUGCAAGAAUCAAUGGAAUGUUAGGAAAUAUUGAUGCAAACACUGGGGAUCCUCAAGUUGGUUGGGACACAGAUCAGUUCUUGACUGAUGUCGGGGAGGCAACCAUGGUUAUGCUAAGUGUGAUAAGAAAUGGAGGAUUAGCACCAGGAGGCUUCAACUUCGAUGCAAAAUUACGGAGAGAGAGUACAGAUGUUGAGGACUUGUUCAUUGCUCAUAUUAGUGGAAUGGACACCUUGGCUCGUGGACUCCGAAAUGCUGCUAAACUGAUUGAGGAUGGUUCUUUGGCUGAGCUUGUUCGUAAACGAUAUUCUAGCUUUGACACAGAACUUGGUGCCCAGAUUGAGGCUGGUAAAGCUGAUUUUGAAAUGCUUGAGAAGAAAGCCAUGGAAUGGGGAGAGCCCAAGGUUGCUUCAGCCAAGCAGGAACUUGCAGAGAUGAUUUUCCAAUCUGCACUUUAGGAUACCUUGAUUGACCGAUUAUGGUCAAUGUUUUCGGUUUUUCCUUUUAGUUAGGAAUAAGCCAUGAUGCUUAUACAAAUAAUUAGAUUUAUGUAGUUUAUAACAAUGCAUUAGUGCUUAGGUUUUUAAGAAAAAUGGUAUGUUUUAGUAGUUGAACUCUUGGUGGUAUGCCACCUUACCAUGAAGGGAAUCCAUGCCCUUUUUAGGUACCCUUCUUGGAAUGUUGUGGAUAAGUGAUGGCAAGUUUGGCUUUAAAUAAAAGGAAAUUGAAUAAAAUUAUCUCAGGGGGUUCAUGCCUUCAUGGUUCUUAA